AUGGCGGGGCCCAGGAGCAGGAAGCGCGCGGCCGCGGAGGCCGCCGGCACGAGCAGGACGGCGGCGAGGCCGGAGGAUCUUUGGUUGUCGGCCUUCCCCAUUGGAACCGAGCGGGAAAACAUUGCCAAGAUAAAGGAGUUCAACUGGAACUUUCAAAAUCUAGAGAAAGCUCUAGAAGAAGGGGGAGAGCUGUAUGGGAAGACAGUUUACUUAUUUGCAAACACCGAACCUCAGCAAUUGCAUGUUAACGGCGAACAGAAGAUAGUUGAUUGUCCUUGCGCCCCGUCAGAUAAAGUUGGUAUAAAUUCUGUCCAAAGGGCAUAUGAAGAAAUACUACCAAUGAGAGCAAUGAAGAUGUCCUGGGUGCCCUAUGUUCCACUCGAGGACCGGCUCAGCAGGAUUGAGGGUUUGAAAACAAAAAUAUUCACUCUUCAUUGCUCCCAGCGAAGGUCUGCACUGAAGCAUCUGAAAACUGAGCAAGUCAAGAAGUUUGACUACUGCAUGCCAUAUUAUAUGCCGCUUAUUUCUCCUGAAGAGGACCAAGAUACAACUGUCGAUAUCAUAUAUCCUCUAGAACGCUCGAUAGUUUGCCCGUUUGACUGGGAAAUGGAUAAUUAUGAGGAGUUUACUGACGACCUAGUUAAAGCUGAGGAAUUGCCAGAGGAUGAGAGAGAAAAAUUUAAGGAAUUCGUAAAGGAGAAGGUUAGAGAAAGGAAGCGCGAGCUGAAACAGGCCAAAGAAGCCAGAAAAGAAGCUAUUGAUAACAUGGACCCUGAGAAAAAGAAGGCGUUUGAAAACAUCAAAUUUUACAAAUUUUAUCCUGUAAAUGCCCUGGACGCUCCUGAUUUAAGCAUACAAAAGGCAGAUUACAUCAAUAGAUAUUAUAUGAAGGCGCACAAACAGAGUUGA